UAUUUUCCCGGUUGCAUUCGGACGCAUGGUGAUCAGAGUUGAUUUGCUCUUAAACCUGUUCUGAAGGGAUCUUGGCUAUCAGCGCAAAAGUAAAAAAACACGAUUGUUCUUGCAAAAAUUUUCUCUUUUUGGCCGCAGCGUGUGUUUCCCGUUUCUCUUCCCGCUUUCCUGGCGUCUUCUCUCCCGUUCGGAAUAUUUUUCCUUCCGUUGAUCGAUUAGUCUGCCAAACACAUCACCAUCAUCCCGUUGAAAUGCCGUUGCUGUUUAAUCGCCCAGCAGUUAAUUAGAGCAGUGUCAAUGGGAUUUUGACGUCAUUGCUCUGUGUCUGCCUGUGUGCUGUGUAUGCGCGAGUGAUUAAUUUAUUUUGUUGGGAUCGUGUGCGCGCUGGCUUGUCAUCGUGUGGAUGCUGUGUGUGCCAAUUAGAAAUCUGGGGCUACCUUCAAUGGAUUAAUAGUGCAGAAGCCCUGCUUUGGCCAGCCAUUGGGUGUGUGCUGGAUUUGGUGAAGAUUGCAGUGAUUUCAUUGAAUCUGAUGGAAAUUUAUGCAUCUUGAAUGGGAUUUUGAUUAGUGCAUUGAUUGGGAUUCUGAAGGCUUUCAGGGAUUUAUUAUUAUCAGAUUUAUUAUCGCACUUCUUCCGUUAGCGGGACGGGGCCGUUCUCCCUGGAUGGCUGAUCGUGGCCGUCCGUCUCCCGUGUAAGCCGCCGACUGAUCGACAGUGCCAUGAAAGAGUAUUCGGAAGGCCAGGAGCAUUCGACGCUGCCACCUGCCACUGCCGCCGUCGCUGUCCACGAUGCUCCGCCGUCGUCCUCCUCCUCCACCACGACGACGGGGACAGAGGGAUCCAGCAGUAAGGAGCAGGUGGAGGCCGUCCUCACCGUGCCGGGCAGUAUGGAGGAUCGCCAGUUCCCCCAACAGCUCUCCAAUCUCCAGGGCAAUCUCCGCAACAUCCUGCGCAUCGGGGAAAACCAGAUCCAUGUCCGGCGCGUGGAGCCCUGGAACAGCGUGCGCAUCACCUUCGUCCUGCCGCCGACGGCCGCCACCCGCCUGCAGGCGCUGGCCGCCCAGGCCGACAACCAGCUGGCCGGCAUGGGCGUCCUGACCGUCCGCGUGGGCGAGGCCAACCCGGUGACUGUCCAGUUAGUCCCCAGCACCUCCGGCGCGCCGCAGGAGCCCCCCGCCAAGAAGCCCAAAUCCGACAAGAAGGGCCGGCCGCGCAAGACCCCCACCGCCAAACUCCUACCUCCCCCGCUCCCCGCCCCGCCCCUGGACGCGCCGCCGGCCAUCAACGGGGACACCAGCGCCCUGGCAGUAUUACAGCAUGUACUCAGCUCCAUCGCCACGCACCGCGGCGGCAGUAGCAGCAGCAACGACUGCCAGCCCUCCACCUCCAAGGUGGAUCUGCAGCCCAACGUCGUGGCCACCACCUCGCAGCCCAUCCCCAUCCCGACCACCCCGGUGAUGGGGCACGCGGCGGCUACCGGGCCGUUUCCCUUCGCUAGCAUGACCAAGGUGGCCUACACCCUCAAGAACACCAUGACCAGCUCAGCGGCCGGCGCCUCGACACUGACCACCACCGCCGCUGCCCGUGAGACCCCCGGCCGGUCCGCGGGGACAGCGAAAGCCGCCAGUCCGACGAAAGCCGCACACCAGCGCAAUAUCGCCCUGACCAGUCCUCUUUUGGUGAAUCUCCUGCAGAGCUCGGAAGCAUCCGGGGCCUCCACGUCCGCCGCGGCGCCCGCCACCCCGCCGGCGGCGCCGUCGCAACCCGCCAAACGCACCAAGAAGAAGAAACUCGCGGAACUGGAGCCGCCCAUCCCGCCGCCCCUGGAGGUGGACAAGAAACCCUCCCGUCCGCGGAAACGGAAGAAAGUCGAGGCCACCAACGGGAUCGAGGAGAUGGCCGCCAUCCCGGCGUCCCCCGGAGCGGCCGGCGGGGUCCUGCUCCUCAAUAAGGACCACCGCACCAUCGCGCCUAAAUCCCUGAGCGAGUCUUCCAUGGACGUGCCCACUUCCACGGCGCCGACCUUCAUCACGGUGUUCGCGCUGACCUCACCGGGAUUAACGCGCACCAGCUCGUCGCCGCUGGUGUGGAGCGCCCCGGCGGCCGUGACGUCGACGGCCAGCACCACGGCGGUGGCGCUGACGGGGAACGUGUUGCCGGUGGCCGUCGUGCCGGUGCGGGCGGGCACGCCUUUGGCGCGCUCGCCGGCCGGGGCGGGCGAGGUUCGCAGUCCGUCGCCGGCGGCGGCGGUGCCCUCCGGGCGGAGGACUCCCAAAGCCAUGCCGUCGCCGCUGCUCCCGCAUCCGUUGGGCCCGCAUCAGCCCACUGUCGCCAACGGGGAGAGCAGUACGUCGUCGUUGGAUUCGGGGAUUUCCUUGGGAUUAACCGGAAGUCUCGAAGAAAAGCCUGAUCGAAAUGGCCGCCAUCCCGGCGUCCCCGGAGCGGCCGGCGGGGUCCUGCUCCUCAAUAAGGACCACCGCACCAUCGCGCCUAAAUCCCUGAGCGAGUCUUCCAUGGACGUGCCCACUUCCACGGCGCCGACCUUCAUCACGGUGUUCGCGCUGACCUCACCGGGAUUAACGCGCACCAGCUCGUCGCCGCUGGUGUGGAGCGCCCCGGCGGCCGUGACGUCGACGGCCAGCACCACGGCGGUGGCGCUGACGGGGAACGUGUUGCCGGUGGCCGUCGUGCCGGUGCGGGCGGGCACGCCUUUGGCGCGCUCGCCGGCCGGGGCGGGCGAGGUUCGCAGUCCGUCGCCGGCGGCGGCGGUGCCCACCGGGCGGAGGACUCCCAAAGCCAUGCCGUCGCCGCUGCUCCCGCAUCCGUUGGGCCCGCAUCAGCCCACUGUCGCCAACGGGGAGAGCAGUACGUCGUCGUUGGAUUCGGGGAUUUCCUUGGGAUUAACCGGAAGUCUCGAAGAAAAGCCUGAUCGAAACUCAAUAAACUACCUCGUCGCUGGCCCGGCGCCUGCCGCCGCCGCACCCAGUAUUGCCCAGUCGAAAACCACCAAGGCGGAGAGCUUCACCGUCAUCAACACCGCCGUGGCGGCCAAUCCCGCGUCCCGAUUAAAAACCCCACCGAUUACGCAUCCGGCUAAUGGCCCGUUGAAAGUGGUGACGCUGGUGGAGCACAAGAUCGGCAGCUGCAGCACCCUGCCGUCCUCCGAGGUCAAACUGCUCCCGCCGUCGGCGGCGGCACCGAGCGCCCAGGAGGUCCUCAAGAAGCUCCCGCCCCCCGUCACCCCCGCUCCGCCGCCCCCCACCGCCGCCGACCUGAUCUCAGUCGGCGCCCCGUCGCCGCCGGCGGUGGUGGCCAAUCACGUGGACGCCGUGCCCAUGGAGGCCGCCAGCUGAGCGCCCACCGCCCCCCGGGAGACGGACAACGGCCAUCUCAAAAUGUGCCAAUAAAAUCCAUUUGUGGUUCGCAUCGGUGUGUGUUUUCGCUCAAUCAGGAGUCUUGUGUGCUUCAGGGAGGAUGGGGGUGUGGUUUAUUGUUUGUGGGGGUACCGAUUUGACCAAAAGGAGUAUUGGGGCGGUUUGUUUAAAUGUUUGCACUUGGAGAUGUUUUUAACUCUGUUCUUUUAGCUAUUUAUCUCUUCUCGGUUUCUUUUUGAGUUUUGGUUAUUAUUUUCGCGCUUCACUGGACUGGAUGUUACUGCGUCAAAAGGGAUAUUAUGUCUUCGAGAAAAAAUGCUUGUUGGGUUUUAAGAUUUCAGUGUUUUUGUUUCAUGUACAAAGUAAAAGUGAAUU